GGCUCAGGGUUUUUAGCCUGCGGCAGCGCGCGCACACGCGUAAAUCCAAACCGCAUCGAAAAGUCCGACGUUCUUUUUCGGGAGAUUAUUUCCAGGUCAGCUAGCAGGCGAGUGGCUAACAUAAACAGCAGCACCGUGCUGAUCUGGGCUUUCCUUCCUCGAGAGAGAGAGAGCGAGAGAGCGAGCGAGCAGCGGAGACAUGUCUUCAGACGAAGACAGGGCCAAGGAGAUUUUGAAGGGUUUCAAACUAAACUGGAUGAACCUCCGAGAUGCCGAGACGGGCAAAGUUCUGUGGCAGGGAACCGAGGACCUCUCCGUUCCCGGCGUGGAACACGAAGCUCGCGUACCCAAAAAGAUCCUCAAGUGCAAAGCCGUUUCCCGGGAGCUCAACUUUUCCUCCUCGGAGAAACUAGAGAAGUUCCGUCUGGAGCAGAAGGUUUUCUUCAAGGGACAGUGUCUAGAAGAGUGGUUCUUCGAGUUUGGCUUCGUCAUCCCCAACUCCACCAACACGUGGCAGUCUCUGAUCGAAGCGGCGCCCGAGUCCCAGAUGAUGCCUGCUAACGUCUUAACCGGCAACGUGAUCAUCGAGACCAAGUUCUUCGACGACGACCUGCACGUGAGCACGUCGCGAGUACGCCUCUUCUACGUCUGACGUCUCGCGCCGCCGCCGCGCUAUCGUCGUCCCGUCCCGCCGGCGACAAAGAAGGCCACGUGACGUGCUCAGCGGCGAGGACGCCGGCACUUUGUGACUGUAAAUACACGAGCACUGAUCCCAAAUCAGCCAGACGCUCCUUCUGUGCUUUUAACAAACAAACGAACGAACCUUUCUGUUUGGUUGCAUUGACUCAGGAACAAAAAUGUUUUUACGCUUACUUUCCUUUUCACGAAUAAACCUUCUUAGAGCUCAUGAGACUUUCUGUAGAACAUUCCAUGGCAGAAGCCGCCUGCUGGGACUUCUUCUCGUGUCAGUAGGUCCACGGUUUCCCUCUGGUGGUCUCUGUGAGGCCCAGUAUGGAAACGACAAUGUAGGUCAGGGCUGGGCAAUCAUAUUGUUUGCUUCGAUGGAACAUUUUUUCUCAAAUUGUUGAAUUAAAAUGUAUAUUUUUUUUGAUUGAAGUUUUUGUUUCAAACAUGCAGUACAAAAAGCUGACCUGAAAACCAUCUCAACAGACACCGUGAAGUUCAAUGUAUAGUUAAAUGUAUUUAUUCAUUUUCAAAAUUCAUUUCUCAUUGAAUUUAUUAAUUAAUUGUGAAUAAUAAAAUUAAAUAAGCAGUUAAUUGUUUUCAAUUUUAUUAAAUUGGUUCAUGUAUUGUGAAGAAUCAAAUAGGAACAAAAAUGUAAAAUCUACAUAACCAAUUAUUCAAUAAGAAAUGUCCAACUUAUUUUAAUUCAGUUAAAAAUAAAUAGUAAAAAUUCAAGAAUCGAUAAGAGUGGAGUCACGCAUAUUCGCGGUUUGGCAUGAGUGGAAUUUUUGGAGGAACUUAUAUUGCGUUAUUUGCGGAACCCUCACCUUAUCUGCAUUAUUUUUUUCUCCAUGAUUCGCCACUUGUGUUUUUUUCCCCCAAAAAAAGUUUGGGAAAAAAAAAGGUUUUCAUUGCAGUUAUGAGCAUCAAUUAUUUGCAGGGGUCUACGAUAGCUUAAUAUUAAAAACUUUUCCAUGCACUUGCUUUUUAUUAUCUACAGAUGACCAAGCCCAGACAUGUUUAUUUAGCUAAUUGGUUAAUUACUUCUAAGUUAUAAAUAAUACAAUUACGAUAUGAUAAUGCAAUUUUAUUUUAUUAUUAAAAUGAAUUAUUUUACCGAUACAGUAGACCCCCGCAUAUUCAUGGCUUGGCAUUUGAACAUUCAUCUAUUUGCACAUUUCUUUUGGAAUCUGUCCCCUGCAUAUAUAUAUAUAUAUUUUUUUUUUUUUUUUUUUUUUUUUUUUUUUUUCUGUACAGCCCCCCACUCUAACAAAGAAUGAGAAGACCCAUGUGUCAAAUGAGGACCUGGAGCACAAACGUUUGCCCGCCCCUGACCACGAAUAUAAAUGUCUACAACGAAACAUUUUAGGCGACUUCUGAAGUGUGACGCGUCCUCGACCAAUCAAAUGUCUUCUGACCUUUUUGUCAGCCAGGUGUGGAUUUGAUUUGGUGUUGCCAUGACGACACAUUCUUGGAUGUGCUCCCCCUGUCAUCUGGACCAGACUGGCAUGUUCCAUAGUGUUGUUGCGGUACAUUCUGUAUAUUGUCAUUUUUAUUUUUUGUUAGCUGCUAACUCAACCGUGUAAUAUAGACUUGUGUUUUAAUAAGACUGAAUUUGUGGAUUAAAAUCCAUGUUGUUGUCA